CCAAAUAUUAAUCUGCUUUUAACGAUGCCUGUUCGACCUUUGUGUCCGGUAUUGGCAGAGAAAGCACGUUUGGAACUAAACGAAGAUGCUAAAAAACUCGAAGAUGGAAUACAAUAUCUCAAGGAAUGGAUUGCUAAGCAGCCACACUUACGCGCCAGAACCGAUGAUCAAUGGUUGGCUACAUUUCUGAGGGGAUGCAAAUUUAGCCUUGAGCGAGCGAAAGAGAAAAUUGAUCUAAAUUACUCUUUGAGGAGCACUGCCCCCGAACUUUAUAGUAUAAACCACAGAAAUCCCAAGUUUAAGGAGAUUUUGAAUUUAGGCUCCGGUCUCGUUUUACCCAAAUCACUGAACCCCACAGAUCCAAGAGUAGUAUUAAUUAGGCCCGGUGUAUAUGAUCCUGCCAAAUAUUCUCUUACUGAUGUUAUGUCAGUUAUGGGUACUAUAAUGCGGAUAAUGUAUGUAGAAGACGAUGCGUUUGUGGUGUGCGGCGGGGUAAAUAUAAUGGAUCUAGAGGGAGCGACUAUGGCUCACGCUGCACAGGCCUCGCCGGCUAUGAUGAAGAAAAUGACAGUUAUUGGCCAGGAUGCUGCUCCUAUUCGUAUGAAAGGUUCUCAUUAUUUAAACACGCCCCCAGGAUUCGAAACUAUACUCAACAUCGGUAAAUCAUUCCUCAACGAAAAAAACCGAAACAGGUUGCACGUGCACAAUAAAGAUUACGAAUCGCUGUAUAAGCACGUGCCUCGAGAGGUUCUACCCGCGGAGUACGGAGGUCACGCAGGCACUUUCCAGGAAAUUAUAGAUUACUGGCAGAGGAAGGUCGAAGAGUACAGUGACUGGCUCGACGAGGACCUCAAGUACGGCACGGACGAAGCCAAGCGGCCCGGGAAACCCAAAACAGCCCAGGACAUGUUCGGCGUUGAUGGCUCCUUCAGACAAUUGGAAUUCGAUGUAGUCGUCGGACAAAUAUCAGGUUUUCUGGAGAAACACAAUGUACUUACGGACGCGCAGCACGGGUUCAGGCGAGGUCGAAGCACGGGGACAGCUCUGGCACACUUCUCAGAUGAAAUUAACAGCUGUUUGAACGACGGUAAGCAAGUUCUCACACUUUUUAUAGAUUAUAAAAAGGCUUUUGAUACAUUAGACCAUGAAGUGCUACUCCAGGCCAUGAGUGAGUGUGGCAUUGCUGGCCCCGUCAACGACUGGUUCCGCAGCUAUUUAGCGGGCAGGACCAUACGCACGAGCAUCGCCGGCGCCACGGGCGCGGAGUGUGACGUCACGCUCGGGGUGCCGACCGGCUCGGUGUACGGCCCUGUCGGCUAUCUAAUGCUUGUCAACAGUGUUGUAAACGUCGUGAGCAAAUGUAAAGUAUUUAUGUAUGCGGACGAUAUGUGCUUACUAGCUUCAGAUACAGAUAUAUCGGUAGCCCAUAAUAACAUUCAAAGUGACCUUGACAAUGUAGUGAAAUGGGCCCACGAUAACGAGGCUUGGAUAAAGAAGGUCGAGGAGUACGGCGCGUGGCUAGAUGAAGACCUGCAGUAUGGGUCGGACGAGAGCAAGCGGCCCGGCAAGCCGAGCACCGCCGAGGACAUGUUCGGAGUUGAGGACACGAAGAUGAUCCGUGAACUGCCUUCCACUUUAGCUAAGAUAGCUAAAGAUGAGUUGGACGAAAAUCCUAAAAGGACACAAGAAGACGUGCAACACUUGAGGGAAUGGAUCACAAAGCAGCCUCAUUUGAAGGCCCGGACGGACGAUCAGUGGUUGGUAGCAGUUCUGAGAGGUUGCAAGUUCAGUCUGGAACGAGUUAAGAAGAAAUUGGAUUUAUAUUAUACGUUGAGAACAACAGCACCUGAUGUGACUCUUCGCCUCAAGCCUACUGAAAAUAAGUUUUUGGAGUUUCUCCGACUUGGAACUGUCAUCAUCCUUCCCGAGGCAACCCAAAAGUUGUCACCUCGCAUCAUCCUUAUCCGCCCUGGCUCCUACCACCCUAGCACACAUAAUGUAGCCGACAUCAUGUGUGUCUUGAUUUAUUUGGUGCAAAUUUUGGUAGUUGAAAGCGAUACGGCGACGGUAUUGGGUACGAAAAUCGUUGUAGAUUACCAAGGAGUUACCAUGGCUCACCUGGCGCAGGCCAACCCGACAUUACUCAAGAAAAUGAUAGCUGUUAGCCAAGACUCAAUGCCCCUGCGGCUAAAAGGCAGCCAUCACGUGAACCUACCCGCUGGCAUCGACGCCAUUUUUCAAUUAAUCAAAGGACUCUUAAAUGCAAAAGCUAGAGACAGGUUGAAGAUCCACAAAAACUACGGAGAAUUAAGGGAAUUUAUACCGCAAGAAUCUUUACCAAAAGAAUACGGAGGCAGUGGCGGAAGUAUUGCAGAAAUAACAGAAAAAUGGGUGAAGAAAAUGUCAGAAUACAAGUCAUGGAUGCAGCAGGAAGAGACCCUCGGCACAGACGAGUCGCGGCGCGCCGGAGCGCCUCGCACCGCAGAGGAGAUGUUCGGCGCGGACGGCUCCUUUAGAAAACUCGAUAUUGACUGAGUUUUCCUAAUUGUAGUUUAUCCGAAAGUGUCUCUUGUGGGUCAUA